GGGUUCUCAUAGUGACAUCUUCAACACUCGAGUUAGAUUUGAGGGCAUUUUCGGAAUAAGAAAUCGGACUGUAGCACCGACUCCGACUCUUUCUCUCCGAAUCGCGCGUCCUUCUCCUCUGCUGCCACCGCCACAGCAUUUUGUAAGUCCUCUUUCUCCUCCGCCGGCGAAUCGAAAUGGCGAAGCUGCAAUUCCUGUUUCUACUUCAUGCGGUGCUCCUCCUCCUACUCCGACCGACUUCUGCCGAGAUCAAGAACCUGAAGAUCUCGUCCGAUUCCCGGCCGAUGAUUCUAUUCGAGCGAUUUGGAUUCACGCAUACCGGCCAAGUUAACAUCAGCGUUUCGUCAGUAUCCGCCAUCUCUCUCAUCGGUUCAAUUGAUCCCUCCCGAUUAGGGUUCUUCCUUCUCUCCGAAGAAUCUCUCAUCCAAGUACUUACCGAACUUCAAGCAAACCCUACUAUUUGCGUUCUCGAUUCCAAGUACAUUACUCUCCUCUUCAACUUCAAGGAUCUCUCCCCCCCGCCGCAUUCCUCUUUUAGCCGUUCUUACCCGAUCGCCGCACCUAAUGAGUAUUCGUUGUUUUUCGCCAAUUGUGCGCCUGAAUCUAAGGUGUCCAUGGAUGUCCGAACCGAGCUAUACAAUCUCGACGGCCGCGGACGAGUGAAGGACUACUUGUCUGCUGGCUUAACUCAGUUGCCAAGCUUGUAUUUCUUCUUUUCUGUUCUGUAUUUUGCAUUUUUCGGUUAUUGGAUCUAUUCGUGCCUUCAGAACAAAAAGUCUGUGCAUAGGAUUCACUUACUCAUGGGGCUUCUGGUUAUUAUGAAAGCGUUGAAUUUGUUAUGUGCUGCUGAGGAUAAACACUAUGUGAAGGUUACAGGAACGCCGCAUGGAUGGGAUGUGUUGUUUUACAUUUUCCAAUUCAUCAGGGUUGUCCUGUUGUUUACUGUGAUUGUGCUGAUUGGUACUGGAUGGUCGUUUCUGAAGCCAUUUCUGCAGGAGAGGGAGAAGAAGGUGUUGAUGAUUGUAAUACCGUUGCAGGUGCUGGCCAAUGUAGCAUCCAUUGUGAUUGGGGAGACAGGGCCUUUCAUCAAGGAUUGGGUAACUUGGAAUCAGGUUUUCUUGUUAGUGGAUAUCAUCUGCUGUUGUGCAAUUAUUUUCCCGAUAGUGUGGUCUAUUAGGUCGUUGAGGGAGACUUCGAAGACUGAUGGAAAGGCGGCAAGAAACCUGGCAAAGCUGACCCUUUUCAGGCAGUUUUACAUUGUUGUUAUUGGGUACUUAUACUUCACUCGGAUUGUGGUGUUUGCACUCAGGACCAUUGCAGCGUAUAAGUACCAGUGGGUGGCUAAUGCGGCUGAGGAAAUUGCAAGUCUUGCCUUUUAUACUAUAAUCUUUUACAUGUUUAGGCCAGUUGAGAAGAAUGAGUACUUUGCUCUUGAUGAUGAGGAGGAAGAGGCUGCAGAAAUGGCUCUUCGGGAUGAAGAAUUUGAGCUUUGAACCUGGUGAAUGAUGGUUGUGCCUUUUGAUUUUAUUUCAGCCUCACAUUUGUAGUUUUAUAGAUAUUGAGGUGUGUAGCUGAACAUGAAUAGCUGUGCUUCAACCUUCUGCUUGUGUACCCUUUUAUUUGAAUUCUUACAGAUUCGAUGAACCAAGUGAUACGGGUGGUUUGACUUAUAGAUGUUAUAUAAGUUUACAAAUUUUAUCAA